AUGCAAGCGAUGAAUCAACCCUACGAUGGCUCCCAAGCCAUGUUGGAUGAACGCAACAAGAUCCAAGCUGCUGCUGCUGCUGCUGCUGCUCGAGGACGUCAACCAUUUCCUCCUUCUGCUCCUCCACAACCACAACCUGCACCGCCAUCCGCCACUGCCAGUAUGCCACGCAUCGAGCCCAUUGUAGCUGACAACCCACUGCACAAGAUGAAUUUGGAACGAUACCAGCAUCGUGACCAGGCUUAUCAAGAUUCCUUUAAUGCACAACAUAAACGACAUUUGCUACUUGCUCAAGAGAAGAAACGUGAAAUCGAGAUGAUGCACAAGGAUCGCCAAGUACGUGCUCAUCAGGGUCCCAUGUCAGUCUUUGGACCUGGAUACCAGCUCGGCAACGCACCCACAGGAUUGCAAUCACGUGUGCUAUAUCCCAGGCACAGAAAACGCCCACGAAGAUCACAUGAGUUUCGUUUUCGAUUGGAUCAACUUGAAGAACAAGGCGAAAAGGAUGAUAUGCUUGUGCCCAUUCGUUUGGAGAUAGAGCUCGAUGGCUACAAACUACGAGACACCUUUACAUGGAAUCUUAAUGAAACCUUGAUUACGCCAGAGCAAUUUGCUGAAGUCAUGUGUGAAGAUUUGCGACUGCCACCCAGUACAUUCGCUCCACUCAUCACAAGGGCUAUUCAGGAUCAGUUACAAGAUUACUACUUGCAUGCAGGGAGCACAGAUAUGGGAGGUGAUGGUGCUGAUGUGGAAGAAGAAGAUGAUGACAAAGACUCUCAAUCGGCCAAGAAACGGAAAAACACAGAGCUACGAAUGCUGAUGAGAUUGGAUAUUACAGUUGGCAAUCGCUCUCUUUUGGAUCAAUUCGAAUGGGAUAUUGCAUGCGAACGAAAUGAUGCUGAAGCUUUUGCGGACAAGAUGACUCGAGAAUUGGGAUUAGGCGGCGAGUUUAGAACGGCUAUUGCACAUUCAAUCCGUGAACAAGCACACAACUAUAUCAAGUCGCUUAUCCUAGUUGGCUAUGAAUUCAACGGCUCUGCUAUCCUAGACGACGAUUUACGACACAGCUUCUUACCAUCAUUAAAGACCAUCACACGUGAUCUCGAAGCCGUGGAUCGAUUUACGCCUGCAAUCAUGGAGCUGACAGAUGCUGAAAUUGACAAGAUUGAACGUGAUCGAAUGCGUGAAGCACGGCGUAAGAGAAGACAAGCACGAGGAAGGAGGGGCAUUGUAUUGCCUGAUCGAGAACCCCAAAAGACAUGUCGCACUGGUGUUGCUUUUUCAAUUGACCAUGAUAUGGAUAACGAUACAAAUGCAAGAGGCAGCACACCAGAUUCCAGUAUGCAUUCCCAAAGAAAGAGCGCUCUUAGGGCAAGGAUGAAUAUUGCAGCCGAAGCAGCAAGUAACCACCACAGCCCUCCCGUCAUGGCAAUGGCACCUCAGCAAGGAACAAUCUCAUUGAGUGCUGGCCAUCGUUUCCCCAUCAUGCCUGGCCAACAGGAGUACCGCUAA